AAACAUGCGAAUUUUCGCUUCCGCACUAUCAAUCAAUCCACCACGACAUCAUACUUCCUAGUGCCUCUUCCCAUCUGGUGGCUCCCCUGGAUUGGCACUUAAAGAGAAUGAUAUAUGAUUUGCGUUCGUCCGAUAACGCCUCACAUCUUGCAGAUUCCAUCACCUCCUCAUGGAUCCUGCUACGAUCUGGUGGUGCUUUGGCAGUCUUGCCGUUGCAUUUGUGACUUUCCAGCUAUCCGCCGUACCAUCACACUUGCGCCAUCUCCCUCGUGUUCCGAUCCUCCCUCUUCUGGUUAGUUAUUUAUCAGGUGAGGUCGAGGAUGUGCGUAUCAAGCGCCUCAUUCUGCCCUAUGCAAACGAGAGGGGUGAAGGGCUCGUCCUCGUGUGGGCCUUAGGUCGAUGGAUGAUUCACAUUCUUGACCACAAGCUCGCGAUCCAAAUGUCCGAGAACCUUUUGUUAUAUCCGAAAGAGUUGCCGCCUGAUGGUCUCUUGUUAUGGCGCUUCAUCGGGAGCUCAAAUGUCCUAAUGGCAAAUGGUGACCGCUGGAAGAAACACUCAAGGGUCAUCCGAGAUGCGUUCAAUCUUUCCAUCCCUGUCGACCAAUUCACGCAUUUGGCCAAGAACCUCUUUGAUGUCAUUAAUCCGCCCUCAGAAGAGAACGACACCAAUACUGUCGACUUCUCUGAACUCGCGCAGCGUUUCGCCCUCGAUGCGGUUGGCUCUUCAGUCCUUGGGCAUGACUUUGAUGCUAUUCGCACCGAGUCCUUGUUCGUCAAAGAGUACAAUGGCAUUAUGCACGAUAUUGCCAACCCUCUUUACCUGAUCAUGCCCUUCCUCGAGAAAGUUUUUCCUCGCAAGGAGGUCAUCAAGCGCAUGGACAACUUGGUCGACAGGUUUAAAACGUUGCUCCAGGAGAAACGUAAUGACCCUGGAGAUGAUAUGAUGACUUUCAUGCUGAAGGAGCCCACGAUGUCUGAGGAGGAACUUCGUGAUAAUAUGGUUGUCCUCUUUAUAGCUGGCCACGAUACCUCGGCUGGAGGCCUCUCCACUCUAAUCUACUUCCUUGCUAUUCACCCAGAAAUCCAGGCCGUUGCGCGCGAGGAAGCUCUUGGCGUUCUUGGCCCUACUGCUGAUCCCAGCGUUGAUACCCUUUCCGCUGCGUCAUUACCUUACCUCAACGCCUGCAUUCGCGAAGCACUCCGUAUCAACACUCCGAUCUCAUACAUUGUUCCCCGUGUCACCGCCGAAGCUGUUACCCUUGGAAAGUACUACAUUCCACCUAACACCUCACUUAUAUACAACAUCUACGCCAUCCAUCACCGUAACGACGUCUGGGGUGACUCCCACACAUUUAGGCCCAACCGCUUCCUCGAGAAGACCGAGAAGAGCUCGACUCUCAAGGAUGCCUGGGUUCCUUUCGCCUCUGGGCCGAGGCAGUGCCCUGCUCGUAACUUUGCGCUCUACGAGCACCGCGCCCUAGCUGUGAUGUUGCUGCGAGAGUACGAGUGGACAUUACCGGCAGAUUCGAUUCAUAAAAAUGGAUUGAAGAACGCCUUCUCUCCCUUUGCCCUGACGCUCCCCCACAACCUUCAUAUCUCUUUCACAAAGCGCAAGUAUUAGAAGAUAGUACUUUUCGUGAGUAUCUAUGUCACUAGCUUUGCUGCGCAUAGUCCAAAGCAGUUGGUUCAAGAGUAGAGAUGGUUAUACCAAAGUUCAUUAUGUCGUGAGGCAGAUUGGUUACAUGUAAAUAAUAAUUUUAUGAGUCCUACAAUAAUAGUAUUUUGCUACAAU